AUGGAUGCAACAGAUCAUGAUCAUAUUCAUAGUUAUGUGAAGUAUAUGCAAAAGAGAGGAGAACCUGUUGAAUUAUGGGGUGAUUCGGACAACAUGAGGCUUGGUCAGAUGAAAAUGUUUCUCGACCUGGCACUGAGAUGUUGCGAGAAGAGGACUGAAGACAGGCCAAAGAUGAUCACGGUGGCAAAAGAGAUUAAGCUAAUAGAACAAGGCGUCAUCGAUGGCAGAUCUUACGUGAUCAAGAGAUUUACAAAGAAGACAGGGGUCGAAGGAGAAGAGACAACUUACAACGAUUUUGUGUUAUCUCUUCGGUUUCCUCUUCCGGUGCUGGUAUUUGAAGACCUAGAAUAUAGAGCUUUGAACAUUCGAGGAAGUGUUGGUCCCGAGGACGGGCCGGUGUUGCCUUGGAAUGUACGUUUGAAGAUUGCCAAGGAGGUUGCAACUGCUAUAACUUAUCUUCAGACUGCUUUCCCUAGAAUCAUUGUCCACAGAAAUAUCAAACCGACGAAUGUUUUCUUGGAUAUGAAUGGGACUGCUAAGCUCACUGCUUUCUCGCUUGCUGUGACACUCCCUGAGGGUAAGACGUGGAUUAAAGAUACAGUGGCUGGAACUUACGGAUACGGAGAUCCUAUUUAUUUCAAGACGGGCGUACUAACAGAAUAUUCAGAUGUGUUCAGUUUUGGAAUCCUUAUGUUGAUUCUUCUGCUGGGAAGACCAUUAUGUUCCGACGGAUCAGAUGGAAACUUUUAUAAUAAUAUUCUUGAUUAUGUGAAGGAUCUGCGAGAGAGAGGAGAACCUGUUGAAUUCUGGCGGGGUUCUAACGACAUGAGUCCUGGUCAGAUGAAAAUGUUUCUCGAGCUGGCACUCAGAUGCUGUGAAGAGAGGAAUGAAGACAAGCCAAAGAUGAUCUUGGUUGCAAAACUGAUUAAGCUUAUAGAACAAGCAUCACUCUGA